GCAGCAGCAACGGAGGGAAAAAAAAAAGAAGACACGAGACGCCAACAGGAAAGCACUUCGCCUCGCCGCGCCGCGCCGCCCGUUGCUGCCGGCGAUGAGCUCGCCCUCGCCGGAGCCACCCCCCAACCCUACACCUGUCCCUCCUCCUCCUCCUCCCGCUCCCUCAGGUAACACAGCUGUUGAGGACAGCGAAGCAGGUCCUUGCAUUCCCAGACUCCAAGCAGCGACUGGAGAUUAUACACCAUGGUUAGGGCAAGAGUUUGCGUCUGAACAUGAAGCAUAUGAAUUCUAUCGCUAUUACGCAUGGAAGUUGGGGUUCAGUGUCCGAAGAGAAUAUGCAAACAAAAGUAGGAAAACUGGUGAAAUAACCUCAAGAAAGUUUGUUUGUUCGAGGGAAGGAUUCAAAGCCCCAGACAAACGAACCAACCAUACGAGGACUCCACAGCCUGAUACAAGAACAGGAUGCCACGCUAAUUUAGUCAUCAGGCGCAAAAAUGAUACUUCAAAGUAUGAGGUAUAUGCUUUCGAGGCACAGCAUAAUCAUCCCUUGUUCAUUCCAUCCUGUGCAAAUCCACUGCAAAAAAAGUUAAGUGAUGUUCAGUCUUCUGAUGCUGAUAACUCUGCUAGUGUAACACAUGCUAGCGAACCUGAUAGCAGAAAUUCCAUUCUUGCCGAGAAAACUAUUAAGUCCCCAGAAAUCUCUCAGCGCUCUCUGCAUACUAGGCGGCAGCGGGAAAUUAAGUGUGGGGAAGCCAGUGCUCUGUUAAACUACCUCCAGGAUCAAUGUCGAGCAGAUCCUUUAUUUUAUCAUGCUGUACAGCUGGAUGCUGAAGAUAAAGUUACAAACAUUUUCUGGGCCGAUGCAAAGAUGGUAAUUGAUUUUGGUCAAUUUGGUGAUGUUGUUUCCUUUGAUAUUGUCCCCAGAAACAACAUGAAUCUCCGACCUUUUGCUUCUUUUGUUGGAUUUAACAAUUAUGGGGAGACUGUUUUGCUUGGAAUGGCACUUAUGUAUGAUGAUAGCCUUGAAUCAUUCCAGUGGUUGUUUGAGACCUUCUUGCAUGCGAUGUCUGGACAAGCACCGCGGACUGUCUUUUCACGCCAAGACGCAAUUGUAUCAAAGGCCAUCUCACUGGUGAUGCCUGACACAUGCCAUGCCAUAUGUACAUGGAACCUGAAGCAGUCUGCAAAAAGUAACCUCAAUCACCUUAUUAGAGGGGAUUGUGGUUUCAUAAAGGAAUUCAAGGCAUGCAUCAAUGAUUAUGAGGAGGAGGUGGAGUUUUUUACUGCUUGGGAAGCUAUGAUCAGUAAAUAUAACCUUCACAACAACGUGUGGUUGCAGAAGGUAUUUGAAGAAAAAGAGAAGUGGGCUAGGCCAUACACAAAGUGGAUAUUUUCAGCUGGGAUGAAGAACACACAAUUAAAUGAACGUCUACAUUCUGACGUUCGGGAUUAUUUGAAAUCUGAUGUAGAUAUUAUUUCGUUCUUGAAGCAUCUUAAGAAAUUGGUCAAUGAUAGACGGUACAUAGAAUUGGAGGUUGAAUUUAGUUCGAGGCUCAAGUUGCCAGACUUCAAGAUUAGAGCUCCUAUUCUGAGACAAGCUUCUGAGGCCUAUACUGGUAUGAUAUUUCAGCUUUUCCAAGAAGAAUACGAAGAGUUUCAGUCAGCUUACAUUGUGACUCGUGAUGAAAGUGGUCCCAGCCGUGAAUAUAUUGUUGCCAUUCUUGAGAAAGAAAGACGGUAUAAAGUUCAUGGAAACCCUUGUGAGCAGACAGUUACAUGCUCAUGUAGGAAGUUUGAGACACUUGGUUUCCUGUGUAGCCAUGCUUUGAAAGUUUUAGAUACAAUGGACAUAAAGUAUAUGCCUGAUAGGUACAUCCUGAAGCGAUGGACCAAAUAUGGAAGGUGUUUGACUGCACCGCAGGUUGAAGGUCGAAAGGUUCAGGCAGAUACCACAUUAGAAUUUUCUAGCCGCUAUGAAUACUUGUGCCCAGUAUAUGUUAGGCUUGUUGCUCGAGCAUCAGAAUGCGAGGAGUCGUACAGAGUAUUAGAUCAAUGUUCAGUAGAACUGGGUAAGAAAAUUGAAGAAAUCCUGCAGAAACAAACAAGCAUUGAUGCGUCAGCUCCUCAGUCUGAUAUUGAGGAUGUAACAAUAUCCUUGUCUGCGAAUGGUACUGACAAUGAAUCAGAAAGAGCACUGGAUUAUUCAAGCAGCACAAGACCGAAGCGACGAAAAAAGAAAGGUCGUAAUGCUAAAAGCCAACGAAAAAGUUGUAUUGAGAAAGGUUUACAAAAAACCAAGAAAGUGCAACCAGAACAAUCCCCAAUACAAUAUACCAUGUUGGAUGCUGCUCAACCUGGAAAUGUUCUAUUUCAGGGUCUUGACAUUUCUAAUCCAUUUCCAAUGGGGCAACUGAAUUAUGGAGGAGUGCAGUCACAACCAGGCCUAUGCCCAAGCUUACCUACUGUAUCAAGAGAACUUGGUUUUGCUGCAUACCUUUCUCAGCCAUCAAGUAACAAUCAACAUAAUCAGCAGGGUUUGUAGAAAUCAACAGCUCUGUUGAAAAUCAUAGUGCACAUUUGUUUCAAUCUUCAAUAUAACUCUUGGGACAGAACUGGCCCUCUGUUGAAGAUCAAAUCAACUUCUCAAAUUCAUAUCAGUCAGUAAUUGAGGCUACCAAGAACAGCCAUUUACCUGGGUACAUCCAUCAGCAGCAUGUUCAAGCCAUGCUACGCAGCAUGACUAGCUGACGAUUAGCAGUGAUAGCGCUCACCAAGUUCCAGAGUGACAGCCACUUGGUGUUGUGUUGAUUAGCAAUUUGAAUGUUAAAUUCUCCCGCAUAUCGCUCAUCAAUUGUGACAUACCAAGCCACCAAGGACAUUCAGAGCACAUCCAUGAUCUAUCGUCAGUAGCCAACGAAGUGUUAGCUCUCUUGCAAUCGUCGGAUGGUGGAUGGUGCAGAACUGUAGACUAUUUUGUAGCCUGUAUGUGAACAUGAUUACAUGAACCAUGUAGGACUAGUCUGUAGAACAGAGUAGAGAACUAGAGAUGAUAUCUUUGGAAGGAUUAGAUUUCAUGCCACUCUUAGAGUUGCAGGUUUAGAAAUAUGCCAUUAUGAUGGGGAUAUGUCAAUAGCAUAAGCUCAUUUGUACAAGCUUGUCACACUUGUGCUUUGAUUGUAUAAAUGCUAGGAGAUGUGUCUAUUUUGUCAAAUUAGUA